AUGGCGCCCAAGAGGAAGGCUGCGACCAAGGCCCAGAGCGCUAAGAGGGGCAAGAAGACCAAGGUGAAGGAGGAGGUGAAGGAGGAGGAGAUUCAGGCCCCCGACCGCUUCCAGAGCGCUAUACAGGCGCUAAAAUCCGCUUCCGGGAAGAAAGGGAAGGCCAAGAUAGAUACCCCCUGUUGCCUGAGUUCCUGCGAAGGAUACGAGGUCUUGGAGGACUAUGACUGUAUGCUGAACCAGACAAACAUCGGGCACAACAACAACAAAUUCUACAUCAUCCAACUCCUCCACUGCCCUGAGGCUAAGCCACCCCAAUACUCCAUCUGGAACCGCUGGGGCCGCGUGGGGGAGGUCGGCCAGUCCAAGCUGAGCAAUUGCGCCGAUAUGGCGUCUGCUAAGAAGGAUUUUGAGAAGAAGUUUAAGGAUAAGACGAAGAACAGCUGGUCGGAGCGGGAGAACUUCACGGCAUACCCCGGAAAAUACACCAUGAUCGAGGUGGAGCAUGACGAUGAUGAUGAGGACACCGGAGAGGCCAUGGUCAAGGUGGACACAGUGGACGGUGUGUCUAAGAAGACGAAGCCGUGUUCCCUGGACAAACCCACUCAGGACCUGAUGACAUUGAUCUUCAGCAGUGACAUGUUCAAGGAAGCCAUGCAGACCAUGAAUCUGGACAUAAAGAAGAUGCCACUGGGGAAGCUGAGUAAGGCGCAGAUAGCAAAGGGCUUCGACGCUCUGGAGGACCUGCAGGCCGCCUUUGACAGAAAGGGCAAAAAGCCAGAGCUGAGUGACCUGUCCUCCCGCUUCUACACCAUCAUUCCGCACAACUUUGGUCGCCAGACACCCCCGAUUAUCGACAGCCAGGAAGUCCUGCAAGCCAAGAAGGACAUGCUACUGGUCCUGGCAGACAUUGAGCUGGCUCAGACUCUACAGGCGGACAAGGUGAAGCAGGAACAGGAUUGUAAACUGGAAGAGGUCCCUCACCCCCUGGAUGUGGAUUAUCAGCUCCUGAAGUGUGAGCUUGACUUACUGGAUGCUAAAUGUGAGGAGUACAAGGUGAUUGACAAGUAUGUGCAGAACACUGGACCCACCUAUAGGAAGCUGAAGAUCCUCAAUGUCUGGCGCGUGGACCGAGACAUGGAGGAGGAAAGACUCAAAGAGCACAAAGACAUCGAGAACCGACGCUUGCUGUGGCACGGCACCCAAGUAGCGGUGGUGGCGGCCAUUCUGAAAAGCGGCCUGCGCAUAAUGCCUCAUUCAGGAGGGCGCGUGGGCAGAGGGAUUUACUUUGCCUCCGAGAACAGUAAAUCUGCAGGAUACGUCGGCUGCACUUCGAAGUCCCUUGGAAUCAUGUUCCUGAAUGAAGUGGCCCUGGGGCAGGAGUAUCACAUCACCAGAGAUGACUCGUCCUUAAAAAAGGCGCCGGCGGGGUAUGACAGUGUCGUGGCACGCGGAAUCACAGAGCCAGACCCCAAGAUGGAUCACAAGCUGAUGUUGGACGGGCGGAAAAUCAUUGUACCACAAGGACCUCCAAAACCCACACCUAAAUUCAAGGACUCGCACUUCUCUCAGAGUGAAUACCUCGUCUACAAGGAGAGCCAGGCCCGUAUGCGCUACCUGCUGCUCCUGCAGUUCUAGAAGCCGACUCCCGCUGCGCACAUCAUGCGUCAUCUCCAGGCUGUCCAAUGAUAGAACUCCUCCUUACCAGCUAAU